AUGGGCUGGCCUAAAGUUAACAUUGAUGAUGUUUGGCAUCCUCAGAGCUCGAUCGGUGGCAUUGGGGCUAUGGUGUGUGAUUCUGGUGGUGAUUUUGUGGCAGGUGAUGCUCUUCAGAUUGUGUCGGCACUUCGAAGUCAAUCCAUGGAUCAGUUUUUCCUAGGAUCGAUUGUGAAGGAUACCAAGACCCUGUUGACUCAGAUCACUAGAGAAGAUUUUACCUAUAUCCACCGAAAAGGCAACAGUGUGGCUUAUCAUGUUGUGAAGUUUGCAACUGACAUUGGGGACCUCGGGGGAGGGGGGACUUUAUCGGAGGCAAGGUUCCUUUUUCCCUUUGCAGUUGAGAAGGUAGGCUGCUUCGAUAAAACGACAAUUACUACGUUUCAUUUGGUGUAG